AACUGUCACAAGCCUUUUGGUUUACUUCGCAUUCCUUUAAAUUGAAGUUCAUUCUAUUAUUUUACUCAACACAGCACACACGAGUGAACAAAUUUCCUUAAAAUAUUUCACACACUGAAUAUUUUAUACCUGAAAAUUAUACAUAAUGAACAACGAGUGCACGCUGCAAAUAUCCAAGCACCUGAUAGUCCAUGCCGACUUGAACAGACUUAGUGAUAAAUUCGAGUCGGCCUAUAGCCUAGAUGGGGUACACAUCUUGCCGCCUUUGAUGACCGAGAUAAAACGUCUGGAGAUGCAGCAGCUCCGAAUGCAAGCCUUGGCCAUAGAGAUGACCCUGAAGAGGAGCAAGCCAGCUGUCGCUGAGAAGCAGAUCAAGUGCCUGAUGCCACGCAUGAUUAAUGCCGCCACUAAUACUGCACUGAACGAGAAUUCCAAUACCAAUCCUAAACCAAAAUCCAACCCCGUUUCCGUUUCUACUACCACAUCCAUUGCUCCCCUGGUUGUGAUGGGUCGCUUCCGGCAGCAACUUCAGAAGUCGGAGACUGCAAUCUAUGAUCACAGCACAAAAAAGCUAAUUACGACUGCUCCAGGCAAGACUCUACCCAUUUUAAAAGCAUCUCACGUGGUCAUAGAGAAUGCCCCGCAACGAGCAGUGAUCUUGCCCAUGGAGAAGGGUACCAUGAUAUCCAGCUUGGUGCCCAAAAUUAACUCUAAUGAGCCACUGCAACGCUCCAUUACCACCACAGAUUUGAGAGUACGCCCCGGCCAGGAACGAAUGCCAGGACGACCUGUGGCCUUUUCCAGUGCCACUCAAAUCUCCGUGGCUUCAACCAAGACGACUGAAAGCAAGUUUCGUAGCAAGAUUCCCAUAAGGCGCAAUCGAACACUUGUUCUGACCCCGAAUCAACCACCUGAGGUUCCUGUGAUCGCACCUGGACAUGACUCCUCUCACGAGCCGAUUGUCUUGAAGGCCAAUAGUGCCAAUGAAAGACGGCGUAAUUAUGGGGCCAAAGUGGCUUUAAAACGCAAUGAAAUGGCUAGAAAACGAGAGGAGCUGGCUAAAUUGAAGCCACCGCCAAGGACUAAUAACCAUCAGGGUCCCAAGAGCAUCAUUACUCCUAUAAAGCGCAUGGAAGUAGGGGAAUCUCCCUGGAGCAGCAACUUCCAAAUUCCGGAAUCGCCGAAGAGUGAUAAUAAUAACCAAGUACCCAAGAUCAUCAAUCGCGCAGAAGGAGGGGAUUCCCGAAUCCCAAUUUCACCGAAGAUUAAUAACAAUAUCCCUAAAAGCAUCAGGACACCCAUCAAGCGUGUAGAAGCUGAUUUCGAGGACUUGCACAAGUCGCAGAAAGAGAAUGUCAUCCAAUCACUCGACCAGCAACCGGCAGCAUCAAAGAUUAACUACAGCCAAGUACCUAAAAUCAUCAGAAAUCCCAUCAGGCGCACGGAAACUGGAAUCGAGGUUUCCGAUAUUUUGCAGCAGUUGCAUCUCUUCCAAUCGUUGGCCUCCCGCCAGGAGGCCGAGCAACAACGUCUUCAAACCCAAAUAGAACAAGAGCAGCAAGGAUUGAUCAAUCAUUUGAUUGGCCAAAUAGCCCAAAGUGAAAGUAAGGAUAUAGCCAGCAAGAGUCAGGAGCAGUAAUAUCCCAUUUCCAAUGUCAAUCAAAAUUUCAAUGUUUGAGAAGGUCAAAAAAAAGACUUGGGGUGGGAACAUGUGAUAUUCAAUGGACCGACCAGGAUUUCAAAUUUUUCUACCCAGUUUGAAAAUUUUAAAUUCUGGAUCGGUCAGUGUUUUCAGUUUAGCCUAACCUUUGGCAUAAAUCUCUGUAAAUAUGUAAAUAUUAAAAGUUUGGAAUAUGAAGCGAA